AAUCAACAACGGGCGUUCUGAUUGGCUGAUUCCAGCGCUCGGUCUGCCUAAAGCGUUCUCCGUUGAACGGGUUUAUUGUUCCUCCGAGUCAAGGGGCGAAAUACAUUUACACAGACCUCCCCGAACCUCAUUCAAAGUAAUACUUCGCUGAAAUGGCAGGAGGAAAGGCAGGUAAAGACAGCGGCAAGGCCAAGGCAAAAGCAGUGUCUCGCUCACAAAGGGCCGGACUUCAGUUCCCGGUGGGUCGUAUCCACAGGCACUUGAAGACCCGCACUACAAGCCAUGGUCGUGUGGGAGCAACAGCAGCCGUCUACAGUGCAGCCAUCCUUGAAUAUCUGACAGCUGAAGUUUUGGAGUUGGCAGGAAACGCUUCAAAAGAUCUGAAGGUGAAGCGUAUUACUCCUCGCCAUCUACAGCUGGCCAUUCGUGGAGACGAGGAGUUGGACUCCCUCAUCAAGGCCACCAUCGCUGGUGGAGGUGUGAUUCCUCACAUCCACAAGUCCCUGAUUGGUAAGAAGGGCCAGCAGAAGACUGCGUAAUUCCUGUUGGGGUCGCUAUGCCGACAUGGACUCAAGGACUUGUGUUUGGGAUGUGGUAAGAUGGGCUUGUUC